UUGAAUCUUCCCUCUUUUGAUAUCUCUCUCUCAUAAGUUGACCCACACCAUCACCUUCAAACCCUCCUCAUAAAAUCAAACCCAUUAUAAAAUUCAACACUUGCAUCUCUACUUCCCUUCCUCUAUAUAUACUACAACAUCCUAACAGCUUCAUAUCAAACUCAAAAUCAUAUAUGCAAUCAUCUCUACAGCUUCAUCUCUCUCAAGCUCCUUAAAAAAGAACACAUACACAUAAUUAUUAACCUUCCUUGAACAAUAAGUCAUCACAACAACAUGGAUAGUGGUGGUAGUUGUAUAGAUGAGACUUCAAGUGAUCAUUCAGCAAAUUCAAUUUCAGUAUCACCUUUAACUGUAUUGCUUACACCAGAGAAACUAUGCAGGGUUGGGAGUGGGUCUAGUGUUGUACUAGAUUUAGAAACCGGGGUUGAUCAAGCAGAAUCUCGAAAGCUACCUUCUUCUCAGUACAAAGGCGUCGUCCCACAGCCAAAUGGUCGAUGGGGAGCUCAAAUUUAUGAGAAGCAUCAAAGAGUUUGGUUAGGGACAUUCAAUGAGGAACAAGAAGCUGCUAAGGCUUACGAUAUUGCAGCACAGAGAUUUCGGGGUCGCGAUGCUAUAACAAACUUCAAACCGCUGUUGGAUGGCAAUGAAGAUGAUGAUAUUGAAGCGGCUUUCUUAAACUCACAUUCAAAGGCUGAAAUUGUCGAUAUGUUACGUAAACAUACUUAUAAUGAUGAACUUGAUCAAAGCAAACGUAAUUUUGGUGAUGGGAGUUGUCAUGGUAAGAUAAACAGAAGUGGUAUCUACAUGGGUUUAACACCCGGGUCGAUGGGUCAAGGCAUGGGGGCACGAGAACAACUCUUCGAAAAGGCGGUAACACCUAGCGACGUCGGUAAACUAAACCGAUUAGUUAUCCCAAAGCAACAUGCCGAGAAGAACUUUCCUUUGCAGACAGGAACUACCUCAAAGGGUGUUUUGUUGAAUUUUGAGGAUAACGGAGGGAAGGUAUGGAGAUUUAGAUACUCCUAUUGGAACAGCAGCCAAAGUUAUGUACUUACAAAGGGUUGGAGUAGGUUUGUUAAGGAGAAAGGAUUAAAGGCAGGCGAUAUCGUCAUGUUUAUGCGAUCAACCGGAGGUGAUAAACAUCUUUUUAUCGACUUUAAAUCAAGAACCGGGUCGAGUUCUAUACAACAACAGCCCAUUUACCCUGUUCAUCAUCAACAACCAGCUGUUCAAGUGGUGAGACUAUUUGGGGUUAACAUUUUCAAAAUGCCUAAUAUUGCAGUCAGUGGAUUAGUGGAAAAUAACAACAAUCAUCAUACUUGGAUUGGUAACAAGAGAAUAAGAGAAGUAGAUUUGUUGCAGACAAGAGAUUGUUGUAAGAAACAACACAUCAUAUUUGCUGGAGCUUUGUAACAUUUAUUUUCUUUCACAUUUUUGCUAAUUUUUUAGGAUUUACAUUUUGGGUUCCAGAUGUGUACAUGUUGUUGAAAGGGAAAGGGAAAGGGAUAUGAAAGUGUUAAGAGGAAGUUGGGUAUACAUUGUCUUUUGUUGCAUCAACUUGCAAAGUCUGGAAUUGGAUGUGUGUAUAUUUUUAUCAAAGAAAAACAGUUUAAGCCUUAAGAAAAACACAAGAGGGCUGAAGUUAGGUCGAAAGUUGAAAAAUAGUACUACUCUUUAUUGAUUUAAAAAAAAAAAUUGAAUUAUAAUA